CUAGAUCAAAAUGACACACAUUUAACUUCCAAUGCUUCUUACUUUGUAUGAAGUUUUGGAUAGUGAGUGCAUCAAGGGUUAAACAGUAAACACCUCACCUUUUUAAUUUUUGUAAAAGGGUAAGGUUGUUUAUAUCUUGUCCCCAGACCCCAAGUAACUCUGGGAUUAUUCAGGGGUUUUUGCUGUUGUUAUGCUGGCACACAAGUGUGGGUGUCUUAGUUUUCAAAUUUCACGUUAUCCUUGAUGACUAUACACCAAGCUGUAGCCAAUACUUCACCUGCUACACUACCCCUUCCACUUCGAGUUGAGCCAAAGGCAAAAAGUGGGAUCAGGCAGCAAGAUUUACUUAAAAGGGUGGUAGAGGUCAAACCGAAACGGCAUAGAGUCUCCUCCCCACCAGAACAGGGGAGUCUGCCCUCCAAACCUUUGACUACUUGUGGUUCUCCUAGCAAGCUUGAUUCAGAAUCUCGUAAAAAGCCAUUGGCUAAAUUGAAUGAAGAAGGAUUGAACAAAGCGAAGGUCGAUAAUCCUGUUUCGAGUUUGUUAGCAGCAUAUGAGAGUUCUGAUGAUGAAUGAAAACUGAUAGAUCAUUUGUGUGUGAGCCAUUUUUCUUGGUGUUGAAGCUUCUUUAGUUUUUUUUUUUUGUAUGUGCUGGUUUAAUUUGUAUUAAAACAGAUGGGGAACAAGCUGAGAAGUGAAGUGAUUAUUGAAUUGUGAGAUGGACAAUUAUUCAGUUUUAGGUUUCAUUUAUUCGUACUGAGUUAGAUUAAGGGG